AUGGGUGGACCUUCUCACGCGGUACCGGAAAUUGAUCCACCGCCAGUUACUUUUGCACCACCGCCACCGCCAAUGGGUUAUGAGAACCCAAUACCUACUUACCCAGGUUCGUCUGGGUAUAACCCAAUACCUGCCCAGGAUCCAUAUCUUGAGGCAGCUCACUUUAAUGCUCUUUAUCCCUCGCCAUUUCCUCCAGCAUACCCAACUGGGUAUCCCGUGCAAGGGUAUCAGUACCCUCCUUAUCAGCAUCAACCUCAACCCCCACCUCAACAUUCGCAAACCCAGGAAAUUUUACAAAGGUUGGACGAGGUUGAGCAAAAAGCAGAGGAACGAUAA